UGCGACUGCUACCUGAUCUCAGGCCCUGAGCCAGGGUACUUCACGCACUACAAGCUGUGGGACUUCCGCAACACAGCCCAUAUCCCACGCCAACCCCAACCAGCGCCUCCUCUGGGUCAGACCAACGAUGAUCUCGACACCGAGAUCCUCGAAGCAACAACGAACCUCUUCUCGCAAACGCCCUUCAGCAAAGACUGGCACGUACAAACCUGGCACAGGGCCGCCGACCCUCUCCUCUCACCGAUCCCAAUGACGAACUCAGAAUCCAACGUCUUCCUAAUGAAAGCGCCGCGCUCCUCACCACCAGGUCAGAAUGCAUCACAGGCGAACACCUUCCUAACUUUCCGCACAACGCGCUUCAGCAACCACGCAACAACAGCCGAGAUCGAAUCACGACUGGGGCUAAUCGACCACUGCUCACUACGACUCCGCAUGCGCCUAAUGUCCCGCGAGACAGCGCUCUACCGCCCGUACACAGACAUAUCCGAUCCAAACCCAAGCAUCAAACCUCAACCUCAAAGAGUCCCGAGCGGGACAUGCGCAGGGAUCUUCACGUACCGGUCAGCGACAUGCGAGUCGGACAUCGAGAUCCUAACGGCAGACUGGCCGUACACGAUCCACUACGCCAACCAACCGGACUACGACCCGAUCACCGACAAAAUUAUCCCCAAUGCCAGCGCAGUGGUGAAUCUGACGCGGCCGUGGACGGAGUGGACGACGCACCGGCUGGACUGGCAGCCGCGGAGUACGCGGUGGUACGCCGACGGGGCGCUGCAGGCUGUCAAGACGUACCGCGUGCCGGACCGGCCUAGCCUUAUCGUGCUGAAUCUGUGGACGAACGGUGGCAGCUGGACGGGCGAUCUCCGCGUCGGUGAGUCUGUUUACCUCGGUAUCGAGUGGAUGGAGCUUGUGUAUAACCUCUCUUCCUCU